GAUUUAUUAUAAUUAUCAUUAUCAAAACAUGUGCACCGAAUCCAUCAUACAGCAUAAAUUUAAUGACAUCGACUACACCUGGCCAAAUGACACUGCUCGUGAAGCAGCCAUUGCUAAGGAAGAAUACAUCCCAAAGAACAACAUCAUAAGUGGAAUUAACAUCUAUCAGGACGAUGUUUACGUCACUGUUCCAAGAUGGCGUCGCGGGGUGCCGUCAACACUAAACAAGAUUGUCGUGAAAGAUGGUGUUUCAAUCCUCGAACCGUACCCUAAUUGGGAGUCACAGACAAUUGGUAAAUGUGAUGGUCUUCAAUUCGUUCAAAGCAUUGCGAUCGAUCCAAAUACUGGUUGGAUGUGGAUAAUUGAUACUGGAAGGAUUAACUUUUUUGCUGUUGAUGGAACUCCGACCGAAAAUCUCUGUCCAGCAAAGAUAAUAAUAUAUGAUAUAAAUAAUGAUAUUGAAAUCACCCGCCACAUAUUUCCUAAUUCGGUUGCUAAUCGUACACGGACGUUCCUUAAUGACAUUGUCGUUCAGUACAAGGGGAGCAAGUCUCGUUAUGCUUACAUAACGGAUGAUUUCGAUACACGUUUAAUUGUUUAUGACAGAAAAAAGAACACGUCCCAUUUCUAUUCGCAUCCUCCCUCGAUGUUACCAGAACCAGGCAACGGAAACAUCACUGUUUUGGGCGAGACAAUAGAGGUUUCUGAUGGAAUCAACGGUAUUGCUUUAUCAUCUGAUAUGAAAUUCAUCUACUAUGGUCAGCUUUCUGGAUAUUCCCUCUACCAAAUACCUACAAAGGUUGUAAGGAAACCGGGGAGGAAUUUCGGCAGGUACGUCCGCAAGGUCGGUACAAAGCCAGCGCAUGCAGCGGGGAUGGUGUAUAGUAGGGACCAUAGUUUGUAUUUCGGUGGCCUUGACGAUAACACUGUAUAUAAAUGGGAUGUGGAAAAGGAUAGGCGAAAACAGAAAACAACAUUCCGAAAGGUACAAAUGAAAAAUGUGGAAACAUUCAUUGAGGGACCGUCCUGUAUAAACUUUGUAGAUAUUUUGAAUUUUGAUCAAAAGAAUAAUCUGUGGUUUUCGGUCAACAAACUGCACAAGUUCUUCCUGGGAACUAUGGACUUUUCUGGGAGUAGUGGACCAAAUGUGUUAAUUAUGAAAGUACCUGCAGGAACUACAGGGUACUUGGAUCGCCGACGCAGAUACAAGACGAGGUAUUAAGAUCGUCCGAAGAAAUACCGUUUUCCACCUGAAACGAAUAUUUAUAAGUUUGGUAGCAUUCUUAAAUAAUACCAAUUCAGAGAGUUUAGCGAAAAUUGCCUUCUAAAGUCAAUCUUUACAUGUACGUUGUAAUUAUAAAUAUGUGAUGUAGGCUUAUAGGAAAUCGGAACAGAAUUUGUCAAUCAAACAUCGGUUGGUUGUUAUGAAUUGGGUUGUAUAUCAGCUUCAUUUUUAUCAUUUUUUGUAUAAUUUUUUUUAUUAUUUUCAUAUUGUUUAUGCUGUACGUAUAUUAGAACUUAAAAAAAAGGAUGAUGAAAUAAAAAUAUUUAA